AUGUCCACUGCCCCCUCCACCACCACCAGCGGCGGCGCACCACCGACUGCUGCCCAGCCCCGGAUGCGCCUCCGCGAGCUCGUCCCGGACCUCCGGCUCGGCGACUGGGCUCCGGGCCCGCUCAACUCCAUCACCGACGUCCCGGGGGUCAAGGUGCACGUGCAGUCCAUCCACUCGGACGACCCGAGCACUGACACGGGCACCGGCCGCGCCGUCCACACGGGCGUCACCUGCAUCCUGCCGCGCGACAACUGGUUCCACUCGGCCUGCCACGCCGGCAUCUUCCGCUUCAACGGCUCCGGCGAGUUCACCGGCUCCCACUGGAUCGAAGAGACGGGGCUCCUCCACUCCCCCAUCGUCCUCACAAACUCCUUCUCCGUCGGCGCCGCGUACCAGGGCAUCUACGAGUACACCAUCAAGACCCUCAACGCUGCCGCGGCGGCCGCCAAGGACGGCGGUGCUGCGCAGCAAGAACCGGCCGAUGUGGACUGGUUCCUCCUCCCCGUCGUCGGCGAGACCUUUGACGGGUACCUCAACGACCUGUCCACGUUUGCCGUGCAACCGCACCACAUUGUCCACGGCCUCGAGAACGUCUCGGCCGCGGCCGUGCCCGAGGGCGCCACGGGCGGCGGCACCGGCAUGAUCUGCCACAUGUUCAAGGGCGGCACGGGCAGCGCGUCCCGCCUGAACGACAAGGAGAACGACGGAGAGACCACCUACACCGUCGCGGCCCUGGUCCAGGCCAACUACGGCCGGCCCCGCAACCUGCGCAUCGCGGGCUACCCCGUGGGCCGGAUCCUGGCUGCCGAGAUGGCCGCCAAGGCCGCCGCCGACGCCGACGAGGCCGCGCGCCAGGCCGCUCUCGAGUCGGAAAAGGACCGCAAGGACGGCUCCAUCAUUGUCGUGCUGGCCACCGACGCGCCCCUCUCGCCGAUCCAGCUGCAGCGCCUCGCCAAGCGGGCCACCGUGGGUCUCGCCCGCGUGGGCGGCCAAGGGCACAACCCUUCGGGGGACAUCUUUUUGGCCUUCAGCACGGGCAACGAGAUCCCCGUCCAGUCGUACAGCAUGACCCGCAGGGCCCUGGACCCUUUCAGGGCCACCGUGCUCGAGGGCGAGGACGGCAAGGGCGUCAAGAUGGUCGACGACACCACCAUCAAUGGCCUGUUCGAGGCCGCCGCCGAGGCCACCGAGGAGGCCAUCUACAAUGUCCUGUGCAUGGGGGAGACCAUGAUCGGGCACAAGGGCCGCAAGAUUGACGGCUUGCCGCUGGACAGGGUCAAGGACAUCCUGGAGAAGUACAUGGCUGUGGACGAGCGGGCGCAGAUGACCGUCUGA